AUGGACUCCUCUGAAAGUCGUCCAAGCGGUCAAGAUCCUGAUCCCGAAGAUGCAUCCUCCUCUCCACCAUCAUCAGCCCCCGUGAGCUCCACUAGCAACAACACCAGAAGACAACAACGAAAGGAAGCCUUGGCUGUGAUGUUUGGCAGACUGUCGGUGUUGACCAAGAAAAAGUCAUCAUCGUCUACUCCUUUGAGCAUCAAUACGUCUUUGGAUGAAAAGUUCCUCAAGGUAGCAGACGAGGAGAGCCCCACGGGGAGCGAAACGACUGGAACAGCUAGCACUUUUUCCCUCUCGACCAUUGAAUCGGAAACUAGACUGGCAAUGGCCGGCAAGAAAUCUCCUCAAUUUGCAAAUGCCUUGAUAUCUCCAUCUUUCCAACUACCAUCACCAACAGAAGAUGAUUGUCCUAAGAAUACGUUUGAAGUCACCUUUGCAAAGAAAUUCUCCAACAUGUUUCAUACGGCAGAGGCUCAGGUCGAUUUAAAGAAAGCCACACUGACCGCGAUUGAGGAAGACGAUGGUGAAAACCAUCAAUCUCAGGAAUUUGAUAAUGAGGAAUAUUUGCCUGAUGACAACAGCACUGAGAAUCGUCAUCUUUCAGAAGAUUGUUCGGUGCAGUCGCAGACUUCGGAGAAAACCUACGCUUCCCAGAUAUCGCGAUUUUCAAUCGAUGAAAAAGUUUUGAACUCGCCACUACAGGAAAAAGAUUAUCUAGAGGAUUUAGACUAUCUGGAAGAUCUAGAGGAAAAUUCUCACCAGUGGGUCAAUGAGGAACAUCAUCUUUCAGAUGAUCGUUCGACGCAAUCACAGACUUCAGAGAAAACCUAUGCCUCCCAGAUAUCACGAUUUUCCAUAAAUGAAGAAGUUAUGAACUCGCCACGUCAAGAAAAUUGCACUCUGGAGAAUCUAGAUGAAGAUUCUUAUCGGAGCAAUAGCGAGGAAUAUGAAAUGCUGGAAGCGAAUUCUCAGCAUUCACGCACCAGCACCAACGAUUCUCCAGGAUCCAACGUAUCAUAUUUAUCCAUGGCACAGUUGGAUUCACCACGGAUGCAAGCUGUAAAUAUUGGGUCCCGCCUUUGCAUGACGGGAGAAAUUCAUGUUGUGAUGGGUGAAAAUACCGUUGAAGAAUCAGAUGAUUCUGAUCCAUUUCUCGCCAUUCGUCACGGUGAAUUCCAAUUGCCUGACAGAAAAGGACGACCACCUUCAUUCCAUGCCAGUCCCGGACAGUCGGACCAUGUUGCAACUUCAAUGAAGACUUAUAUUAUGCUUCCAGAAGAGCCAGCAACAGAUUGGGAUGAAGCUCUGGAUCCUAUCGACUUGAUCCGCUAUGGAAACGAAAUCCUGUCAUCUCAGUCACAAGGACCACCACUACCUAUUCCUGACGGAAGGAAAGAUUGCGAUCGCUUCAAGACUUUUCAGGUGGUGUGUGAACGACUGAGGAAGUCGUCGCCUGAUAUGGACUGGAACAAUAAUUUGGAUCCAGUUAUAGUCGAUCGUCUUGGUGAUGACGACCAUCCUGAGACACUAUUUCCAUCUCCUUUUGCUCAAUCCACUCGCAAUGGAAGACCACCAAUCAUUCCCGAUCGAAAGAUUGCCUGUAAUCGCCAAAAGACACUACAGCAUAUGCAUCUGCGGCUGCAGCAAUCGUCUCCUGACGCUGAUGAUUGGGACCACGAGGAAUCAACAGAAUCAGAACUUGUGAACCAUCAUAGCGGCGAUGGCCAAUCAAUCUCGGAUCAAACGCGAUCAUCACAUUCUACUGAUUACAAUGAAAACGUUGAUGGCCUCGGUAUAACGCUACGGACGAUUCGUCUACAAUCAAAGCAGCAUCCAGCCUUCAGCAAUGCGUGGGAACAUCGUCUAGACAAGUACAGCGACGAGGUAGAUACUGAUUAUCAUAAUGACGAGGAGUACACAUACAAUGGUGAGUACAACGACGGCAGCGACAAGUCCACAAUGCAAGGGUUGGGCCAGCAUUCCUACUGCCAUGAACAUUCCAUGCCCCCAAAGGUGCCAAAAGCACUAUCAAGUACGACUCGAUGGUAUCGAAAGACUGGAGCACUGCCACAAUCAUCGUAUUAUGGCCCCGGACCAGUCGAUUUUGAUCAAAUGUAUGACACGGUAUACCAGAAUAAUGCGAAAGUAUCACAAGUCGUAUCAGAUACCCCUAAUAUUGACACAGUCUACCUGCUGUGGAAGCAACGGGGCCAGCCAAUUGGAGUUUACUUGCGGAAAUUUAAGAGACGCCAUGGGAUCUACGUGGAUCGACUUGAUCCGAAUGGUUUGGCAUGCCGAGCGGACAAUACAGCAGCAGAGUUUAGUCGACGAUCCACUGUCUCUGCUUCCAAAUCAAAAAGAAACAAAAGUACCAUCCGUGCAGAGGCCGAGACAAGCACUUCAUCUCGAACCAGAAGUGUGGGAAGACUUGCACCUGGUAUGAAAAUUGAGAUGAUCAAUAGUCAACCAUGCCCAAACGAUCUUCAUGUCUGUAUUGAUAUCAUUGUCCAGACCAGCGGCUGGCUGACACUUCAAGUCAGUUGA